AUGCAAGGGUUAGGUUAAUAAACAGGCUGGAGCUAGAACCUCGUGGUCGCGCGUCUUUAUUUUAGAUCAUACUACAUGGUGUCAGAAGUGGUUUUAAAAUUCACAUAAACGUGAAGGAGGUACCAAGUAAAUCAUACAUUCAGACUGUUUCAAAGCAGGGAGGGCACAGUGUUGGAGAUAAAACAGCGCAUAUUAUUAUUUUGCUAGCUAACGAGCAAGGACUAAGCUACUGCAAAGCAACAUGUUGCAAGAGGAAGAAGCUGGGGGGAUUUCAGGGUUUGCGACUCCCAAGUUCAACGGGCUCUGGCGCAAACACGGACAGGCCAGUGGCUAGUGCUGACGGAUUUCGCAUUAGUCCCCCGGAGAAUUUUGUUUGUAUGGACAUUCAAAACUGGCCGAAAUGGAUCAGGCGCUUUGAAAGAGUGAAGACGUCUACCUUGAGUAUUUGACCAGUUGUCCAGGAGGUGGAGUUGAGUGUUUUGACUGUGAGUGAAUCCAUUGCCCUGCAAAAUGGAUUUCCAACACAGAGCUGGGGGCAAGACUGGGAGUGGUGGGGUGGCGUCCUCCUCGGAGAGCAACCGGGACCGGCGAGAGCGGCUCCGCCAGCUGGCCCUGGAGACCAUUGACAUCAACAAGGACCCCUAUUUCAUGAAGAACCAUCUGGGCUCUUAUGAGUGUAAACUGUGUCUGACACUCCACAACAAUGAGGGCAGCUACCUGGCCCAUACACAGGGAAAGAAGCAUCAAACAAAUUUAGCGAGAAGAGCAGCCAAAGAAGCAAAAGAAGCUCCCGCCCAGCCAGCCCCCGAAAAGGUGAAGGUUGAGGUCAAGAAAUUUGUGAAAAUUGGUCGACCGGGGUACAAAGUAACAAAACAGAGAGAUCCAGAGAGCGGGCAACAGUCUUUACUUUUCCAGAUUGAUUACCCAGAGAUAGCAGAGGGCAUAGGACCCAGGCAUCGCUUCAUGUCUGCAUACGAGCAGCGCAUCGAGCCCCCAGACCGUCGUUGGCAGUACCUUCUACUGGCUGCAGAGCCCUACGAGACGAUCGCCUUCAAGGUGCCAAGCAGAGAGAUUGAUAAAGGCGAGAGUCGCUUCUGGACCCACUGGAACAAAGAUACAAAACAGUUCUUCCUGCAGUUCCACUUCAAGAUGGAGAAAGCCCUUGCCCCACCCAGCGGACCCGUACCCCCCAUGGGUAUAAAGCGCCCACCUCCCCUGAUGAGUGGGAUGGGGCCUCGACCCCCCAGUGAGCCCAUGCCCCCUCCACUUCCAGGGGGGAUGAAUAUGCCCCCUUUACCCCCUGGCGCCCCCGGCCCUCCCCAGAUGCACCACCACCAUCAAAUGCAGCACAGUGGCCCCGGAAUGGGUAUGCCACCCCUGAUGAGACCCCCACUCCCCUCUGACAGCCAUGAAGGAAUGCCCCAUCAAAACAACUGAUCUCCAACCAGCACAUCAUCCUUCUGUUAGAUUGUUUGCCUAUCAUUUGGUUGCUAUAACAGUGCCCCAUUUUAGGACUAUGUCAAGUGUACCGUUUCAUUGUGCGAUGUACUUUUUCUAAACUCUGAAAGAAACUUUGUAUACCUACAUAUAUUCUACAGAUGCAAAAUGGGCCAUAUUCAAUUGGUUUUUUACAGUUGCCAAGGCAUUGUAUUUAUCAUGCUCGUCUAAUAUCCACACUAUCAUAGCAUUUUUAGAAUGAGGCAAUAUAAUGUGCAAGCUUUAAGUGUUAUGCUAGUGUGGCUAUAGGAAGAUAUCCAUUGUUUUAGGUACUUUGUGAUGGCACCAAUAUUAAUAGGAUCCUGCUGUAUUGUAAAUGUUGAGUCCUGUGUAUGAAACAACAUAUUUUAAGGUUCUUUUUUUAUAAUAAAACAUGUGGAAAAGUG